UCUCUAGCUUUCCUACGAGAAGCACUACUUUUAGCUCUAGUAAAAGUACAUAAAAUCGUCAACAAAUUUCUUGAUUCCUAACGAAAAAAAAAACAGUUUUCUAUUCAAUAGAAAAAUUUCUCGAUUUUUAAAAAGUUGUUUAUUACGAGUUCAAAAAUUUCGGUUUUUAUUGUGUUCUAAAAAGGUAUCAAAAUGAUUUUGUUGCCACCGUUAAAUCUGUUUUUCUACAAUAUCUUACUUGGAUUCUUAGAUUGCCAGUACAAGAAGACAAUGGAUGGGACUAAUCCUGAUAAUAGUUUCUGGAGAAAGGUACCAAUUUUGAGUACUUAUUUUGGCUCUCCUGAGCCGAACUUCCCCAAUCCCAACGACAUUCUUCCGGACUUGAACCCAUAUGUGAAUGCACUGAUUUUAUUGCCAGCCAUUUUCAAGCAUCGAUAUCUAAAGGUAUUGCUGGCAUUUGUGCUUAUGUGGAACAUUGUGGUGUGCAAGCGCAUAUUUACUUAUUAUGUGCAACUUCUGGUGUCUGUCUGGGACAGUGAUCUCAGCACGACCAAUUUUGUGUUCACAUUCUUUUUUGGUUUAGCAGUGAGCAUGUCCCAUCUGGUUUUAAUGUACUAUACCGCCAAGCGUCCAGUUGGACUAUGGGUAUUGCACUGGCGUGGCUAUCGUUAAUUAUGUUCCGCUUAGAGAUUGAACAAAACACACCCAUGGCAAAUUCAACAACGACUUCAACAACUUCAACAACUUCAACAACUUCAACGACUUCAACAAUUUCAACAACUUCAACGACUUCAACAACACCAACAACCUGCAACAAAAAGCAAGCACGUUGCCAAGGACUAUAUAGCCAACAUAUUGGUCACGAUCUUGAUCGCAAUAGUGUUCGCAUGGCGGCGGUAUCAAUUCUUAUUUCUAAUUAUGAGGCACCGUUAUCAGCCCUGAAUUUCAAUGUUAAAUGUUAUCAAGAUGGGAUUUAUGCAAGUUCCCAGCCACACCAUACUAUUCAGCACAAACGGCAGUCAACACAACAAGAGGCAGCAAAACACCACCCAGCCAGUUCUAGCUCCUAUAUCCAUACCAUUCUGGGGAAAUGUGUAUGAGAAAGUCAUUAAAAUGUAAUGAAUUAGGCCUAGCAGAAAGGAAGCCACACUGGAGUGCAAAAGGAAAAAAGGAAGACUAGGACGAGGAUGUGGCGGCAUCACGGAUGGAAUCAAGCUGCCACCCUCGAAGUUACCCAGAGUUCUUUUCUACUUUUCCACCUCCAAGGCUCUGAUCCAAACUGUAUUAAAUUGAUUUAAGUUGA